AUGCUGUUUUGUCUCUACUUAUUAAUCCUGUAUAUAUCGCAAUAUGUGUCAGCUAAUUUAUUAGCACCCAAUGAGGACCCUAAUGCCAUCGAUAAAUAUACGAUAGAUUAUAUGUCUCCUUGUAGGUGGGACUCUAUAUUUCCUGAUACUCGUUUAAAUAUUAACAAUGGAUCUUUUCUAGAGUUCGGAGAAGAUACGCUCUGCUUCAUAGAAGAUAAAAGGAAGAACCCAGAUUUAGAGGAAAUAGAUCAGAACUCUAAAACCUUACAAGAUUUGCUACAUAAUACCCUAGACAACGCUGUUAAUGUUCUCUCAGAAGUCCUCGAUGGAUAUUGCAUUAUUUACAACAACGGGUUUUGGACUUAUAGAUACUGUCCUGGUAAUGAUAUAGUACAGUUACAUAAUGAUAGUUCGGACCCUCAAACAUUAUUAUACACUUUAGGUAAAUCUAAACCAGAUAUUAAGGAUCGUGACUUCCAACUAUUGUAUAACGAAUUGGGUUAUUAUGUGAGUGAAUUUGUUGGUAUGGGUGAUAUUUGUGAUGUCACAGGUGCCCAUAGAUUAGUCGAAGUUCAAUAUGUGUGUGGGGAGACGCAUGGUAUUGCUACAAUUCAAUGGAUAAGAGAAACCAAGAUAUGUCAAUAUGAGAUGCAAAUAUCAGUACCUGAAUUAUGUGAUUUAGAACUAUUAUCGAAAAAUGAGGAUAAAAAAACCGCCAAUCAUUUAAAGUGCGUCAGAUAUGAUGACCAAUAUGGGAAAACUGAUAAAAAUAUUAUUGAUUUAUUGGCAGAAUAUGAUCCAACCUUUCUAGGGUACGGCAUAUACUUCCUUGAAUCAUUAGAUGAGAAUAAAAGAGAUACUUUAAUGUAUACUAGCGAUGAUCUUACUAAUGAAAUACCGAAGGAAAUAUUUGAUAGAUUUGGGAAAGCCUUCAACAGAAUGAUUAAUCAAAAAAUGUUGGUUUCGCCUAAUGGUAACCCUGUAGUUAAUGGAGAUAUAUUUACGUGGAUGACUGAAAUAUUUGACAUCACAGGUACUGUGAUUUCGAAAUUAUCGAUUCAUGUUUCGGAGCUUGGGAAGGCAGAGUUGCAUCUCGAUAAUGAUCUAUUAUUCACAGAACCAAGCAAUUUUGUUUCCUAUCAGAGCAAAACACAAAAUCUAGCUCAUUUGUUCCAGAAUGAAGCAUCUGGUAGUGUCUCUGAUAAUUACAAACAUGAAGAAGACGAUAAUUCUAGGGAUGACGAAUCGUCUAUUAGUGUUGUUUUGAAACUAGCUAAUAAUAAAGAUGUAAGGAUUACUGCAAGCCGUCAAGGUGACAGAAAGGUACUAGCUUUGGAAGCAUUAAAUUCAGAUGCAAAUUUUGAGCUUUUGAACGAUCAGGACAGAGAAAGAUUAUUAGAUGUAAUUCUAAACUCUGAUGAAUUGAAACCAAUUGUGGGACAACUUGGAUUGGAGGAUUUUGAACUUCAAUCAGCUAGGUUUGAUGAUACAGUCUUAUUUGAAUAUUCGAAUUCGGAUGAAACGGAUGAAUUAUUUGAAGAGGUAGAAAAUAACAAAUCGUCAAAUUCUGAUGACAUAUUACCAUUAGGUAAAAUUCCAGAUACAGAGACUCGUACUCAAAUAGUUUACGAAACACAUGUCAUAUCGGAAGAUAAUCUCCCCGGUUCCUCUGAGAAGGCAAACAAAUCUAGUGAUGAUGAUGAUAAUAAUGAUAAUUAUUCACAGGAGACAGAAAUAGUGACCGCAUUCAAUACUGCACAUGUUGAGGAAGCUAUUGUUAAUGAGAAACAAACUACUGAACAUGAUGAGUUAUAA